GAAAGCGAAUUCUAAUUCCAACAAAGGAUGUGGUAGUCAUCCCGACAGUUGAAACGUGACGCCUUACAGUGCGAUGUCAAAACAGACUCAGUAGCAAUCUUAGCUUCUGUGUCGACGUCCUGUUCUUAGUAUAAAAUAGUUAUCGUUUGCAUUACUUUACGAAAGAUUUCCGUCGGAGACAGUAUCAUGCAAGUCGUCUACCGACUGCUGUUGUGGACACUUGUUUUCUGCCGUUUCACGUCACAAGAAGAGAGCUGUAGCGGUGACCUUGGAAUGCAAAGUAAACGAAUACCAGACGGGAGGAUUACAGCAUCAUCUUCAAAAAGUUCAGUUAACUCCCCUCAUUUUGCACGUUUGGACGGAGCAAAGGCCUGGUGCUCUGCCCCAAAGGACAAGUUGCCAUACAUACAAAUCACAUUCGUCGAACCAAAGUCAAUCACUGGCAUAACAACUCAAGGAAGUAAAUCUGAUUUUGCGUGGGUGAAAAAAUAUGAAGUGAAGUAUCUGGAUAAAGGAACUUGGAAAGAAUAUGAUAAGGAAUUUGAAGGCAACAACAAUAUCAAUGGCUUAAAGUCGAACACCUUAGAUCCUCCAAUCAGAACACAGUUGAUUAGAAUCUAUCCCAAGGAUCCAAUAGUGUUGGGUGGCACCGAUCCUAAACCCUGCUGCCUAAGAUUGGAGCUGUCUGGAUGCUCUGCACCAGUCGACUGUAAAGACCCCGGACACCCAUCAAACGGAAAUCGAAAUGGGAGUGAUUUUGGUCAUGGUAAACAGGUAAACUACGCCUGCUUGGAAGGUUUCAUGUUGGUGGGAAGCGCAACAUCUGUUUGUCAUANGUAUAGUAUCGCAGAGCUGUUUGUAGAGAUCCUGGAAUGCCAGACAAUGGAACCAGAAUCGGAGAAAACUUUGGAGAUGGUCAAAUGGUGGCUUACAGAUGCAAUCCAACCUUUAACUUGGUGGGCUCACCUACCUCGUUCUGCAUAG